UGCAGGCGUAAUUUUAAGUUCACGAUGUCUAAUGGUAGUAUUUGUAAUAUAUGUAAAUCGUUAUCAUGUAAUAUCUGCACUAGGAGGUGUUACGGCUUGAUAAACAAAGAAGAAGUAAAAGAAGAACAAGGAGAACAGAUUUCUAGGAAAAGAUUACCAGAGUCUGAGCAAGAUCAACUUAGAACUGGUUGUAGACGUAUCAUUUGUGUAUUCUGUACAAUAGAGGAGAUGUCUGAUAGCCCGUCGACUUCGCUGAUACCUGUAGAGGAUCUGCCGUUUGAUAGGAUAAAUGACAUCUUAGAACCAACUUGUUUGGAUGAGAAUGGUGAUCCUUAUUUAUUCGACGCAUGGAUUGUUAACUUAACAAACCCAAUUCAAACUAGAGAACUAAUCAGAUUCGCCAUACAUCAUAGAAUAGAAGACAGAAAAUGCGAGAGAACAAAACACCUGAGAAGAAUUCGCAAGGCUUACUCUCAUCAGGGUUUAGAUUGUGGUCCUGAUGCCACAAACUCCACCCUCCCUGACUCAGACUUUUGUAUUAGUGUAUUCCUAGCAGAAGCUACUCCUGAACUCACAAAGGAUAAAAUAAAGCAGCUCUUAUCAAAAACUAGUGAUCAAGUUAAGGAUUUGGAUCCAUAUAUCUUGAAAGUACCCGCUAGAAGGGCAACAACAGCUGAGGAGUACACAGCCUGUCAAAAAUAUUGGCCUGUCUCAUUCACACCUAAGGCUCAAUUCGUGAAUGGCUUCACUUACGACUAUUGGCAUACUCGCAAACUUGAAUGGGUUAUGGAGGGUCUUGAAAAAGCCAAAUACCUCGCUUUAGAAGCUCAAUCCCGUGGUGAAUUACCUAUAGCAGCUCACGUCUCUUCCCCACCUGAAGAAAUUCCUGUCCCACCGGGAUACCCACCACCUACGCCAAAUAUGAAAGCAUUAGGUUAUGAUACGCGUUCGACGACAGGAAAUCCACUCAAUCACGCCAUUUUUAAUUGCGUCAGACAAGUUGGCGAAUUGCGUUAUAGAGCCGAUGCUGAGACAACAUCAAACAAACGGACAUUAUCAAUUUCGAGCGGUUUAAAUGCUUGUCAAAACGGCGCUGAAUACCUUUGUACUAGUCUCACAUUGUUUAGUACGCAUGAGCCUUGUAUGAUGUGCGCAAUGGCUCUAGUUCAUUCAAGAGUUCGUGAUAUUUACUUCCUCAAGAAGUCGUCGAGCUCGGGUGGAUGCGGAUCAGUUUAUGGUGUUCAUGAGAUGCCUAACCUUAAUCAUCACUUUGAAGCUUGGUGUUUAGAUAACAAUCACCCACUCUGUGAUGGUUUAGACUUGGAUGAUCAUAUUAGUCCUUAAGGAUAUCGAUUUCAAGUUUAUUUGUACUUUUAUAACAAUAUAUUGCAUAGUGAAAAUAUAAAACGCGUGCACUGGUAUAGGUAUAAUAAAGUUAAAUAAAGUUAAGUUCUAAGGAAUUUCAACAGUCUCCCUGCUGCUGCUAAUGGUCCAUCGGGACUCUUUGCGUCAGGCAGACCUAUUGUUUUCGCUAGCUUGUCGUAUUGCGCAUUUGCGAUUUGUCUGUUGCGUAUGAGAACAAUCAUUGUGGCUGUAACGGUUAAUGCGAAGUUUAGUGAGACGAAUUUCAGGAAUGUAUUUCUUUCCUGAGUUGGUAAUCUACCGCAGGAGUGCCAUGCAGGAAUACUGUCUAUCUUGGACGACGUCCUAGUGUCAUAGCAAAGUAGAAGCUGUCUAUUACCAAAUGGUUGACAAACUGGAUCGUUUAUAUUGUCUUCAGGACACGGACGACAAGAGUCUCGGACAGUACAACUCCAAUCAUUAUCACCGUCUAUAGCUUUAAUAGUGGCAAUAAUUGCCAUAAUACAAA